AUGUCAUACAACAGAUUAGGCGCACCAGGCGGUAGCGACGACCCGUACGAGAUGGAUCCCCGAAGACAAGUUGGGCGCACUCCUUCGCCAGGGCAGCCUCUCCGUGGCUAUCAACUAGAAGACCGCUAUGCAUCACCACAUCAAGACCGCUAUGCGUCACCACAGCCCUCGGGCAUCUUGGAAAUCCCAAUGGGACCCAACCCAGCAGCAGCCUCCGGCGACCGCUUGCCGUUACAACCAAGUUACUCAGUAGAGAAUAUCCCAUACGCCGCUGGCAACUAUCACGACGAUUACGACCCACGACCACAACAUCACGACUCCGAUUACUCGCUCGACCCCCAAGCGCAUCACGAUGCAUACUACAACCAGCCUUACGACCCAACUCCGCAUGAUGAGAGCCCGGGCGCCGGAUACGGCACACAACCGACGCAUUACUGGCAAGAUGAGGACAUGAACAGACCGAUGAUACACGGGGCCAAUUCCUAUGGCCCGGAUCCCCAUGACGCAGAUGACAUGGACCCAGAGAACCCCUUCCACGAUGAGCCCGCGCCCACACCUAGCCCAGCUCCAAUCAAGCGAUGGAAAACAGUCAAGGAAGUCCAAUUGUUCAAGGGCAAUUUGGUGCUCGAUUGUCCAAUUCCGCCGCGGUUACUGAACCAGGUUCCACAUGCACAGCCCCCGGAGCGUGACGAGUUCACUCAUAUGCGCUACUCGGCCGCCACAUGCGACCCUGCAGACUUCGAUGCAGAGCGCUUCACUUUGCGUCAGAAGCUUUUUGCAAAGCCAAGGCACACUGAGCUCUUCAUUGUUAUCACCAUGUACAACGAGGAGGAUGAAUUGUUUGCGCGGACAAUGAUUGGUGUCAUCAAGAACAUUGAGUAUAUGAACUCGCGAACCAACAGCAAGACGUGGGGCAAGGACGCGUGGAAGAAGAUCGUAGUCUGCGUCGUCAGCGAUGGUCGUGCCAAGAUCAACCCGAGGACCCGCGCCGUGCUAGCAGCCCUCGGUGUCUACCAGGACGGCAUUGCCAAGCAGCAAGUCAACGGCAAGGAUGUGACUGCCCAUAUUUAUGAGUACACCACGCAAAUGACGCUUGACAUCAAGAAGGGCGUCGUCGGUGUCAAGAAGGGCAACACCCCCGUCCAAAUGCUGUUCUGUUUGAAAGAAAAGAACCAGAAGAAGAUCAACUCCCAUCGAUGGUUCUUCCAGGCUUUCGGAGCUGUUUUGGAUCCCAAUGUUUGCGUGCUUAUCGAUGCUGGUACAAAGCCUGGAAAAGAUUCAGUCUACCAGCUGUGGAAGGCGUUUGAUCUCGAGCCCAUGUGUGCAGGUGCCUGUGGUGAGAUCAAGGCUAUGCUUGUGCAUGGCAAAAAGCUCUUGAACCCGCUGGUUGCGACACAGAAUUUUGAGUACAAGAUGAGCAACAUCCUGGAUAAGCCUCUCGAGUCUGCGUUUGGUUUCAUCUCUGUGCUUCCUGGUGCCUUCUCCGCAUAUCGCUACGUAGCGCUCCAAAACGACAAGACUGGACAAGGGCCACUGGAGAAGUACUUUGCUGGUGAAAAGAUGCACGGUGCCAACGCUGGAAUUUUCACAGCUAACAUGUACCUGGCCGAGGACCGUAUUCUGUGCUUCGAGCUCGUCUCCAAGAGAAAUUGCCACUGGAUCCUCCAGUAUGUCAAAUCUGCUACCGGAGAGACGGAUGUACCGACCACCAUGGCCGAAUUCAUCAGUCAACGUCGUCGUUGGUUGAACGGAUCCUUCUUCGCUGCUGUCUACGCCCUGGCUCACUCUUUCGACAUCUUCCGGAGUGACCACUCUUUCUUGCGCAAAACCAUGUUUCUCGUUGAGUUUGUCUAUCAAACUAUCAGCAUGAUCUUUGCCUGGUUUGCUCUUGGUAACUUCUUCCUGGUUUUCCGCAUCCUUACUGCCUCCUUGCAGAACGAACUCGGUACCGCGGGUAAAGUACUCUUUAUCGUGUUCGAGUGGCUCUACAUCGCUGUGCUGAUAACAUGUUUCAUAUUAUCACUCGGUAAUCGGCCACAGGGUUCCAACAAGUGGUACAUGUCUAUGGUCUACUUCUGGUGCAUUAUCAUGGCUUAUCUCAUGUUCGCGUCCAUCUUCAUCACUGUUCGCUCCGUCCAGGGACAGAUUGAAACUAAUGGUGGCUUCAACGCGGCAGACUUGUUCAAGGAUAAGAUCUUUGCCACUCUGAUUAUAUCACUACUAUCAACGUAUGUGAUGUGGCUAGUGGUGUCCAUCAUCUUCCUGGAUCCAUGGCACAUGUUCACGUCGUUCUUCCAAUACCUGCUCAUGACACCCACAUACAUCAACAUUCUCAACGUCUACGCCUUCUGCAAUACCCACGAUAUCACUUGGGGUACUAAGGGAGACGACAAACCGGAAAAGUUGCCUUCGGUCACCACCAAGGCUGAUGGUAAAGCAGAUAUCCAGGCGCCAACUGACGACGCCGAUCUCAACACUCAGUACGAAACAGAACUCCGCGUCUUCAGCGCUAAGUGGAAGGAAGAGAAAAAGGUUCCUUCAGCUAGCGAGAAGCAAGAAGAUUACUACAAGGGCUUUCGAUCUGGUGUCGUGCUCUUCUGGAUGUUCUGCAAUUUGGGCCUGUCGGCUUUGGUUCUGCAGUCCGGUGGCCUGGAGCUCACCGUCAGUAGUCCCGACGAGGCCCAGCAGAAGCAGAACGACGCUGCCACUAUUUAUCUGGCAGUAGUUCUCUACAGUGUUGCUGGCUUGGCUGCGUUUAGGUUCAUCGGAGCUAUGUGGUUCUUGGUGGUACGAAUGUUCCGUGGUGUAUAA